CCAUCUCUCUCCCUUCACCUCUCUUUCCUCUCCCCUUCGUAUUAUCAAAAAAUGGCCGACGACGAGCAUCAUGAACAGAACUUUGAGCAGGCGUCUGCCGGGGCAUCUCUUACCUUCCCCAUGCAGUGCUCUGCCCUCCGCAAGAACGGCUUCGUCGUCAUGAAGGGCCGCCCCUGCAAGAUCGUCGACAUGUCCACCUCUAAGACGGGCAAGCACGGUCACGCCAAGGUCCAUCUUGUCGGCAUUGAUAUCUUCACCGGCAAGAAAUUGGAAGAUCUCUCCCCCUCCACCCACAACAUGGACGUCCCCAACGUGAAGCGUGAUGAAUACGCCCUUGUCAACAUCGAUGAGGGCUUCCUCAACCUCAUGCUCCAGGAUGGUACUCCCAAGGAUGACGUCAAGGUCCCUGAGGGUGACCUUGGCAAGGAGAUCCAGAGCAAGUUCGACGAGGGCGCUGAACUGCUUGUCACCAUCGUUUCCGCCAUGGGUGAGGAGCAGGCUAUCUCCUACAAGGAGGCUCCUAAGGGCGCUUAAACUUUUCAUCUUAGACGGAUUGUUACGAUGGUUGUCGGCAGCAUCGCUGUCUGAGCCUCAUAUCACCUCACAUGUACUCCCAGUCCAUCCCACCCUAUCCUCUCCCUGGUUCUCCGUUUGCUGUUGUUGUGACGAGUCGAGAAGUUGACGAGCGUCGAUGUUGUUCCCGUUGAUGUCGUUCAUGGCGCCGUGAUGUUGCUGUUUCGUGUGUGCUUGUUCCGGGCAAGAUGCCGCGCGGUUCUGGCGGCGCCUUAUAGUUGUACUGAAGCGGGGAAACGGUCAGGCAAAGCAAUAAUGUUAUUGUCCUUGUCAUGGUUGC